CGGCGCCGCGGUGUGUCCCUUUCGCCGCUCCGUAGCCUCCAGAUUGUGGUGUUGCAGAAAUCCAGCUUUCGAACGGUAGACGUGCGUGCCGCUCGCCUCUCGGGUCAUUAGUGGCGGCUUCUAAGGACGGGGACGAGGGACGAGGUUCAGUCGGUGUCGGCGCUAGUCGAUCAGGUUACUAGCCUCCGACUGGUAACUGCUGGACACGAUUUGGGUCUGGGUGCUCCUCAUUUCAUUUCUGUAAGACCCUCACGUAUGUACCUGGAGACUCGGCAGUAGAAUCUCGUCCUGGAGGGUUGUUUCUCCCCUCCGUUUCUGCUCCAGGAGCUGCUUCUGAGUUACUCUGCUUCAGCCAUGUCGCCGGCUCCAGGUGCAGCCCUGGCUCCUGCCUCGGUCUCCCUGUUGGACCUCAGCGCGGAAGCUCCACUCGUUCGGGGCCUGAGCCUGGUGAGCCAAGCACCCGCGGAGGCUCUGGCCGGGGCGUCGCAUGCUCCCUGUCCAGGAGAGAGCACACUGUCAGGAAGAAAAGUAUCCCCAUGUUCUCUGGAUAUUUCAGAGAAAUUAUUUUGUUCAGCCUGUGACCAGAUCUUCCAGAACCACCAGGAACAGAGAGAGCAUUAUAAACUUGAUUGGCAUCGCUUUAACCUAAAACAACGUCUCAAGAACAAGCCUCUCUUGUCAGCUUCGGACUUUGAAAAGCAGAGCUCCACAGGAGAUCUUUCCAGCAUCUCGGGAUCAGAAGACUCAGAUUCCUCUAGUGAGGAGGACUUGCUGACGCUGGAUGAGGGGAGGGCUGAGUUUGAAAAACCUAACCGACCCCGAGGAUUCUACCCACAUCGGGUCCUUUUCAAAAAUGCCCAAGGCCAGUUUCUUUAUGCCUAUCGCUGUGUCCUAGGCCCUCACCAGAUUCCCCCAGAAAAAGCGGAGUUGCUGCUACAGAGCCUGCAAAGUGGAGGUCUCAGGCACUACGUGGUGCUCAUGGCUGCGGCUGGGCAUUUUGCUGGUGCCAUUUUUCAAGGAAGAGAAGUGGUGACACACAAAACCUUUCACCGUUACACCGUGCGGGCCAAGAGGGGCACAGCCCAGGGGCUUCAGGAUGCCCAGGGUAGGCCGUCACGUUCUGCUGGGGCCAACUUGAGGCGUUACAAUGAAGCCAUGCUGUAUAAGGAUGUUCGUGACCUGCUAGCAGGGCCAACCUGGGCUAAAGCACUGGGGGAGGCAGAAAUAAUACUGCUACGUGCCCCACGCUCUGGCCGGUCCUUGUUCUUUGGAGGCCAGGGGGCACCCUUGCAAAAGGAUGAUUCCCGACUUUGGGAUAUCCCCCUCACCACCCGAAGACCCACUUUUGGAGAGCUUCAGCGUGUGCUUCAUAAGCUGACAACUUUGCAGGUGUAUGAUGAAGACCCUCGAGAACUGGUCAGAUUUUAUUCACCUGAGAAACACUGGAAGCCAGUGAGAGAGGAGAGGAAAAAGGCUACUGAUAAAGAAAAAACAAAGGUCCCCAGUGAUGGAAAUAAGGCACUUGGGCAGGAUGAAGAAUCACUCAAACAAGGUUCAGAGUCUCAGGAAGAAGAUGGCUCCCAAGUAGAGUUGGAGCUAGUAGAACUGACACUGGGGACCCUGGAUCUUCGUGAAUUUGAGGUGUUGCCCAAGCGGAGGAGGAGGAAAAAGAAGAAGGAGAGAAGUCAAGACCAGCAGUGUGGGACACACGUGACUCUUCUUCAGCAGUCUCAAGAUGAGCCCCUCUCACAGGCAGACCAAGUGGUUACAGCCAAAGGCCCUGAUCAGCCAGAGCUCUGGGACAUGCUUCUGUCUGCUUGCCGAGCUGGGGAAGUUGAGGUGCUAAAGCUCCAGCUAGCUACUGGGCCUGUCGACCCUGGAGUUAGGUCCCUACUCAAUGCCCCUUUGGGCUCUGGUGGCUUUACUCUCCUGCAUGCAGCAGCCGCAGCUGGAAGAGGCUUAGUAGUUCGUCUUCUGUUGGAGGCAGGUGCUGACCCCACUGUGCAGGACUCUAGGGCUCGGCCACCUUAUACCGUAGCAGCUGACAAAUCCACACGGAAUGAAUUCCGAAGGUUCAUGGAGAAGAAUCUUGAUGCCUAUGAUUACAACAAGGCUCGGGUGCCAGGGCCACUGACUCAAGAAAUGGAGGCCCGCCAGGCUGCAAGGAAGAAGGAGCAGAAGGCGGCCCGCCGGCAGCGGGAGCAGCGGCAGCAGAAGCAGAGGGAGCAGGAAGAGCAGGAGCAGGAAGAGCAGCGGCGAUUUGCUGCCCUCAGUGACCGAGAGAAGGUGAGGCCAUACCCUUCCCUCUCCGGAGUGAGCUGUCAUCUCCUGCGUGUGCUCCUCACCCCUACGGACUCUUCUUUAACAUCGAUUCUGGUUUCCAGAGAGCUCUGGCUGCGGAACGCCGACUCGCUGCCCAGUUGGGAGCCCCUAGCCCUCCAGUUCCUGAUUCUGUGGUUGUCAAUGCUGGACGCUGUUGGAGUUGUGGCAUGUCCCUCCAAGGCCUCACUCCCUUUCACUACCUCGACUUCUCUUUCUGCUCCACACGUUGCCUCCGAGACCAUCGAAGUCAGGCAGGGAGGCCUUCUUCCUGAUUUCUUAUACCACCUGGGGCCAACUCUAGGCCCUGAGAGGACACAUUCAGACCUAGAGUUUCUCUUCCUCCUCAUGAAGCUCGAGAUUAUGUGGAAGAUGGGGGUGAAGGACACUCAGGAACAAGGGCAAAGACAGGGCCACAGAGGUGUGUGGAGCCAGUACUGUCUUUGGAAUUUUAAUCACAAUAAAGUUUGGCAAGAAAACUGUAUCUGUACUUACAUUCAGAGGGAUUGUAGCCUUUGA